UGGUCAAAGAACUUUCAGGGGGUAUCGCAUACUUAAUCUGUUAGUUUCCUGCCGUUGAACAUUACUGUUCACUCCAGCUUUCUCCUUGAUUAGCGGCAGCCAUGGUUCACUUCAAACCCAGUGUACUGUUCGCCGUUGCGGUCUUCAUCACCAAGAGCGUUGUCGCUGAGGAAGCGCACGCACUUGAGGUCUUCCCAGAACUGAAGGGCACCGGUCCAUUCGAGAUUGCCUACAAGGACCCGGAGACAAACAAGGUGGUUGUCGAGCACGUUGACGAGCACGGAGAAAGUGCUAUCGAGAAGCGUACCUACCAAGUGAACCAGGAUGUGGUGGCGAAGCUCCUGAGAAACCACAAUGGAUAUGGCUUUUGUAAAGGCUUCUGCCCGGCAUAUCAGCCACAGAAGCCGGUGACGCAGACCAACUUGAAGACUUUCACAAAGCUCGUGACCGUCACAAGCUCGGUUGUUCCCGCACCAGCCACUAUAACUCUGACGGCGACCGGCGAAGUGCCAGCAGAUUCCACGGUACUGCAGACGACCACGAUCUCGGAGACAGCAACGACAACUGUUACUGAUGCACCUACCACCGUCUCAGAUGUUCAAACAAUCACCAUCACUUCAGCAGCAACCACGAUUCUUACCCAGUCAACUACCUUAAACUUCCCCAGUGCUCCAACUCUUAAGGCCCGUCACGUCAGCCCGCCAUCAUGGCUGAAGGGUGUAGCGAACAAUCUGAUCUGUCCAGCAUGCACCAAGGUCUGGCCUGCACCUCCAGCAAAGACUGUGUCCAUAUGUAAGACAACGACUGUAACAAAGACGCAAACUCGAACUGCGACCGCCGCCCGCGCGACAGCUACCACCACCGUCAGCGUUACCCCCACAGCAAAGACCGUGACGGCAGUCAUCUCUACGACGCUCACUAUCACGGACUAUACUACUGUAACACCUAUUGUCACUGUACGUACACCCUCACGCUUUUCAUGAGGUAUGAUUGACUAACCUUGAACAGGGAACCUCUACAGCCACAACUACCGUUGCUACAACCAUCACCAGCACCAGCACGCAGACACUCUGCCCACAGCAAACAGCCGACGUAUACGGCAUCCAAGCCGUUCAGCCCGGUACGUUGAAG